AUGACUGCUGCAAGUAUGUAUUGGCGAUAUACUCUUCGAGGUUAUAACAUCAAUCAUUCAUUACCCUUACCAUUUGAUCGAUAUCGUCUUUCUGAUGAACGUCGAACUGGUCUUGGAAUAUCUGUCUCUUUUGAUUUUGGUGAAGAUCUUUCGCGAGCUUUUCUCACUUAUUCAUUAUCAAAUGGCAUAACACCCGAACAAUUGGCACUUGCUAGUUAUUUUGCUUUUAUGUUCAAAUUGACUAAUGGUGAAUGUGAUUUAUGUAUUGGAAUGAACACACAUGGAAGAUAUAAAGAAGAGUUGAUGUCAGUGAUAGGACUGUUCGUCAAUAAUAUUCCUUUACGAUGUCAACUAGAUCCUCAUUGGUCUUUUCAUCAGCUAGCUGAACAUGUUAAAGAGAUAUUUACAAAUAGUUUAGAGUAUUCUUAUUUUCCUCUUCAACGAAUUCUGGCUCAACAUCCUAAUGCUACAAAACCAGUAUUUCUGGAUACAUCAUUCGAAUUUCAAUCGUAUAAGUGUAAAACUGAUAAGAAUGAAGUGAUGAUUGGAAAUGCUCGACUUGUUGCUACGCCCGUCUCAAUUGAAAUUGAUGCAGAUGAAAUAAUGAGCGAAUUUGAUUUCGUUCUUACUAUUCAACAUGAUUUGGAUACUGAUCAACUUUCAUGCACAAUCAAUGCGUCACUGGACUUGUUUGAUAAAAUAACAGUGGAUAGAAUGAGCCAGCGAUUUUGUUCUAUGUUAGAACAACUGUUGAACAUAAAUGAUAACCAGAUGAAGAAAUCAAUCUAUGAAUUAUCAUUAGUAUUACCAGAUGAAAUAUUACUUAUGAAAUCAAUGAACAAUACACAAGUAUUAUUUCCUUCUUUCACUUGUAUACAUCAUGAAUUUGUUCGUCAAGUGAUGGAGCAUCCACAAAAAGUGGCCGUCGAAUUGGAUGAUCAAUCUGUUACAUAUGACGAACUUUUAUAUUAUGUUCAAGUAUUAUCUUUGAAUCUUUUGAAUGAACAAAGAGUGAUUGUCGGUGAGAUUGUUUGUCAAUGUGUGGAGAGAAGUUUAUCAAUGGUAAUUGGCAUGAUGGCUAUCGAGAUGAGUGGUGGUGUUUAUUGUCCUCUAUCACCUCGAGAUCCACAAUAUCGGUUGCAUGUACUGAUGAAGGAAAUUGAAUGUCGUCUUGUUCUUGUUCACUAUCUCACAGAAACUAAAUUCAUUAAUAAUUUUGUUUCAUUAAACCUUGACAGUGCAUUAAUCAAUAGCGAAGAUGAAAGCCAUGUUAAUUUCGACAGAAUUUCAAGAGUAUUAGCUACAGAAUAUAGUAUAGCCUACAUUAUACACACGAGUGGUUCAACUGGAAAACCAAAAGCACUACAAGCUAGUCAUAGAAAUUUCAGUAAUAGUAUUUACUCUUUGGUUCAUAGUUAUACAUUCAAUGAGAAUGAUACAGUUGGACAAAUAGCACGAUGUUCUUUUGACAACCAUAUUCAAGAAAUAUUAGGCACAUUAAUGAUUGGAGCGACAACAGUAAUGCUUCGACCUCGAGGGACUACUCAUUGGGAAUAUCUCUCAAGUGUUCUUGAAAAGAAACAAAUUACAUACAUGCAUACUGUACCAAAUUUACUUUACAGUCUUUUCGCUUAUAUUGUAAAAUCAAAAAAGCAGGAAGCUUUACAAUAUCUCAGAUCACUUUGCAGCGUUGGUGAACCAUUCAAUGUCAAACUACUAGAUUUGAUCAAAACUAGUGCUAUUCGAAAAUGUCGUAUAUGGAAUUUCUAUGGACAAACCGAGAUAACCAUAGCUUCUACAUUUCAUCUCGUAGAUGUUGCAGUCGAUAAGAAAAGGAUUGAGAUCGGUGUUCCACUUCCUAAUUAUCAAUGUAUCAUUCAAGAUGAAUUCUCACAAUCAGUCGUUCUUGGCCAAGAGGGUUAUCUGUUCACAGGAGGUGUAGGUGUUUUUGCUGGUUAUCUUGGACGUGAUGAUUUGACAUCAAAAGCACUAGUUGACAUUGAUGGAGAAAUGUUCUAUCGGACAGGUGAUCUUGUUAAAAUGGAUAACAAGGGACUUCUUCAUUACCAAGGAAGAAAAGAUCAUCAAAUCAAACUACAUGGACAACGUAUUGAGCUUGGAGAAAUUGAACGAUGUUUACUUAAUACAUCAGUUUCUGCUUGUGUUGCCAUUAAAUGGGAUGAUGAUCAUUUAAUUGCUUAUGUUCAAAGCUCUCAUAUCGAUGAAGAACAACUACGUAAACAUUGUCAAUCUCAUCUUCCACAUCAUAUGGUUCCAUCAUUAUUUAUUGUACUUGACAAAUUACCUCUGAAUGCAAAUGGAAAAAUA